UAGCAUUACAGGCUUUUAUUGAAUUUAUGACAAGUAAAGGUGGUGAACAGAUUUUAUUCUUUUAUUUAAAUGUUGAGGGUUUUCGAACGGCAGCCGAGCAGCAAAUCACAGAAGCGCAUAAAUCAAAACAGACGUCAAGUAAAGCUAUGGAACCUGAUUUACAAUCUCUACGCAGGGCAGCAAUGAUUAUAUACGAUCAAUAUCUGGGAGAGAAGGCAACAAUAAAGAUGAAACUACCAUCUGAAUUAAUCAAACGAACGUUACAGAAUAUAAAAGAUAGAAUGUUGUCCGAAGAUGUCUUUGAUGCCGUUCAAUCUCGAGUGUAUCAGAUUUUACAUUCACAAUAUUACGAGGAGUUUCUGCAGAGUAAUUAUUACGUUAAACUAUUAUCAGAACUUGGCAUGUUGAAGGGAAGUAAAACGGACGACGGAGAUACCAUCAGUCUGGAUGACGAAGUCUGUUGUAAACCGAGGGGUUCCGUCAGUAGCUCAGAUGAUUUGCUUGACAAUCCAAUGGACCAAUCACCAGACACCUUAUCACUAGAUUCUGUAAGCUCCGCCUCUUCAUCUGGAACCCAGUCAGGUGACAGUUACAUAUCUGGUCAAAUAACGCAAACAGGUAUUGUAAAGGAAACCGGGAAAACUUACGCUAUUUUUGCGAUCACGGUCCGCAGGAAAACUGCAGACAACGAGGAAGAAACAGUCACCGAUGUUUAUAGACGUUACAGUGAUUUCCACGAUCUGAAUAUGUUAAUUAUCGAAGCUUGUCCGAGUUUAAAAGGUCCACAACUACCAGGUAAAACGGUUCUAAAAAACAUGAAUCAGGAAUUCCUGGAGAAACGCCGGAAAGCUCUCGACUCAUAUCUAAGGAAACUACAGAAACCAGAAUUAUGGUCCAAGUUUCCAAUCGUGGAAGAAUUAGUCACACAGUUUCUGGCACCGGGACUCUGGGAAAAACAUAAAAGUGAAAUCGCAAGAAAGAUGGAUACAUUUGUGAAUCCACUGAGAAGUUCCGUAAAACAUGUGGGUCAGGCUGUUAAGAGUGUUCCUGAUGGAAUAACGGAUGGAUUCGGAAAAAUGUUUAAAGGAAAUAGUAAUGAUAUAACUGGUGCAAGAAUUAUAGAUAGGGGUAAAGUUGGUAAAGGUCUAGAUCCUGAUGAUGAAGAGAAUAUACCUGUUCGUAUUAUGUUAUUAUUAAUGGAUGAAGUGUUUGAUCUACGUCAUAAAAAUCAAUCAAUACGUCGUAUGAUUCUCGUGUUGCUAAGGCAACUGAUCAGUGCAACAUUCGGAGAUAAGAUCAACAGAAAAAUUGUCGACCAUGUUGAUCUAAUGACAUCUGCUGAACAAAUGUCAGAAUAUUUAAAAGCAUUCAGAGAUUCGUUCUGGCCGAAUGGUAAUCUAGCUGAGCCGCGGAUCACGCGGGACGUUCAUACCAAGUACAGGACACAAGUUUAUUGUAAAGCUAAAAUGUUGGGCAGUGUUCCAGAUGAACUGAAGACUGUGCUGGGAGCAGACGUAGUUCGAAUGGGCGUGGGUCGCAUCUUCGAUAUGUUUCAACAUAAAAACCUCAAUAAACGAAUUCUUUACGUCUGUUUGGAGGGUGUCCUUGAGACGAUGUUCUCGUCCAAUAAAUUUGCAGAGUUAUUCCGUAAACUACAUUCCCAGUCCAAGAGAGUUCAAAAAGUGAAAGCAGAGAAAAAAAAAUAAAGAAGACCAAAGACUGGUGAUUAUCUUUCAGCAAAGUUUUAUCAAACAGGGGCCUGUUUCACGAAAUUCUAACUAAGAUAAAAUCCAAAUUUUAGUAAUUUGAUUAGAUAAUAUUAGAUUGAUUUUAGUGCUUAGCCAAUCAAAAUUGAAGUAUCUACUAAAAUUUGGAUUUUAUAUUUAGUUAAGAUUUCGAGAAACGGGGCCCUGAAGUUUACUUAAAAUAAACACAGAAAACGAUUGUUUGUAUUUUAAACAAUAAUUCUCUUGUCGUUUUCAAACACAAUAGAAGUCAGGAUGUUUAUUAAAUUUAAGUUUUUGAUGAUUAUGGCUACAUGUGUCGGCACAAAAUCAGUAAGAAAGUCAACAGUAGCUCCACAUGUGGACAUAAACCUAAAAUUUUUAUCAAGAGAUUUUCUGAAGUUAUUCGAAUGCGUUGUGUUUUUUAAAAAAUAAGUGUCACAAAGUUUAAAAUAUUAUUUCACUCAGUAUUUUUAUGUUAAACACAGAAGACAUCUUCUGAACUACAUACUCUAACAUCAAAAUAAUUUAUUUAUUUCUGUCUCGUAAUAUAUAAGCUUUGAUUAUCCAGAUCAGUACGUAUUUUAUAAAUUAAUUCCUAUAAAAAUAUGGAUGGUACUGGUCCAGAAAGAUGUUUUAUAAUGUUGCUGUUUGUUUCCAGUCUGUUAAAGAUGCAAUAUGUAAGAUUUAAUAUCUCUGCCAUCCCAUGGUCUAGUUAGCUCUUGUACACUGCAUCUUUAAUCAAGGCUAUCGCAUGGGAGAGGUUCGGGAAUUUCAGGAGUCCACAAUGGCCGCUUUAUAUAUGUGAGUAUUUUGGGAAGCACUAAUCGUAACCCUUUUUAGAAGACUAAAUGAAUUUGGAUCCAGUUUACCUUUUGCCCCUCUUAAAAGGGUUAGGGUUAGGGUUAGUAUUCCCCCAAAUACUCAUUUACAUAAAGCGUCCAUUGUGGACUCCGGAAAUUCCCGAACCUCCCUAAACGGCCUACAAUAAGCAUUCACCUUAUCACAUAGUGAAUACCACGUAUGUUUAAGUUGUUUGAGAUGUAUAUUUAAUUAAUACAGGUAUUUUUGUUUGUUAUAGUAUCUGUAUGGUGAAUGAG